AUGGAGUCGCAGGGGACUCCAAAUACGGCCAAGAGGCCGAGACUCUCUCUUCAGAUCAGGACAUCAUGCCUCUCUCCUUCCAAGGGUCUGAGAGGUGGUCCAGUCAACCCCAGUGAUCCAACAGCAUUCAAUACGCUCUCAAAUGCCUAUGUCACGGCCAUCGAAAGAUCGUCGACGGCGCAGUCGGAACCUAUCACUGCCAUCAACACGCUGCAAGCCUUCAGCAUCGAGACGCCCGCCGAACCCAGGCCCCCUCGCGUCUUUACCCCUUACGUCGCCAACUAUCCUGAGACGCCAUUGACAGCACUUUCCAACUCUCCCUCACAAAUGGAGAUCAAGUUCCCGAGCACCAUGACUGCCACUCCGCCACUAUCAGCCACGGCCGACGCCAGCCCAGCACAGGUCUUUGCUUUCUCUUCUUCGUCAAGCGUCACGGCCAAGAAGACUCCUGCAACACUAGCAUCGCCUGUCGAUGGCCGUGCUGCUCGCAGGAGAAUAUACGCUGGUCUCGGCGGUGAUCUUCCGUAUACGCAUCCACGGAGCCUCCAUAGCAUCCUCCGCAACUCUCCCCUUCCACCAAGAACCGCCAUCCCACCACCAUCGCCGAGGAGGCAAUCGCUCCGGCUGCAAGAGAAAGCGGCCAAAAAGGUCGAAUACAAUAACCCCCUGACCCAGGACAUCAUCACCAACACGUAUGUAAAGUCUCACAUCGACCUCCUGACGGACGACGCAUCCCCUAAUACCCCACCCUUGCCAACGGCGGCAGACACCGUAUUGGACGUCGCGUUGUCAUUCACCGCAAACGAGCUCCGGGACGGCGGCCAGACGCCUGGUCCCUUUGAGGAGACUCGUCGGAGGAUGGCUGGCUUGGCUGUGCCCCAACUGCCCUCUCCAGUUGAGAACGGCGGCGGACCGCGCAAGCGCAAGAGGACGGAGAAGAAGCGUCAAUGGCGCUGGACGAUCGGCCAGGAAGACGGCGACGAAGACGCUGCAGCUGUCAUCGCGGCAGCAACGCAAACGGAGGACUCAAAGACGACGUCGUCCCAGGACAUCACUCCAGGAGCAGCUCUUCCGCAGAUCACGUACCUGGAAACUCCCACCCCCAGCAUUGAAAGCACGAGUUCCUUGUCAGAGCUCGGGGAUGUGGAAAUGUCGGACACCAGCAGCGUCUUGUCCACCGACGACUAUCGCGCCCGGGGUCGGCUUCGUGCCCCGAGCGAGAGGAGCGAGACGGACCUGGAUCUCAAGACGCCCACCGCCCCCGGCAAGGCCAACGGCCAAGCCCCUGGGCAGCAGAACCGCGAUACCCCCAUUCCAGAACUGUCUGAAAAGAGGGACACCCCCGUGCCGCCGGAGUUGAUCUGA